GCCCCGCGCUCCGGCUCUCCCGUGCCGAGGGCGCCCGCGGAUUCCGGCCGGCGGUGUGGAGACUGGCUGCGGGGCCCGGGGCGGGCGCGGAGGCCGGCUCCGGCCGCGGGAGGCCGAGGGAGCGACUUACGCACCAGAGGAACCGCCCCGAGAGGCGCAGCCGUCCGCCAGCGCCAGGUCCGGGAUGGCCGGGGAGUCGAAGGCGAGCGCGACCUUGGAUGCCGGCACUGCAGAGGAGCGGCCGGGGUUGCUGACGGGCAUCCUGACCGUGAAGGUGGAGGAGGAGGAGGAGGACGUCCCCACGGCCGCGCCCGGCAGCCCGGGCCCCGGCCCCGAGCGCUCGCGCCGGCGCUUCCGGGGCUUCCGCUACCCUGAGGCCGAGGGGCCCCGCGAGGCGCUGCGCCGGCUCCGCGAGCUGUGCCGCCAGUGGCUGAGCCCGGAUAUACACACCAAGGAGCAGAUCCUGGAGCUGCUGGUGCUGGAGCAGUUCCUGACCAUCCUGCCCGCGGAGCUCCAGGCCUGGGUGCGGGGACAGCACCCGGAGAGCGGGGACGAGGUGGUGGUGCUCCUGGAGCACCUGCAGAGACAGCUGGAGGCGCGGACACCGCAGGUCCCAGGUGGUGACCAGGGCCAAGAGCUUGUCUGUUGCGAGAUGGCAGCACUGACACCUUCCCGCGGAUCACGGAGUGCCCAGUUCCAGCCGGUGAGGGCUCUGCUCAAGCAUGAAUCUCUGGGAUCACGGGCCUUACCAGGCACAGUUCUCCAGGGUCCUGGGCUUGCCCCGGGAGGGCGCUGCAGAGGAGACGCAGUGGUGGCGGCCAGGCUGCCCCCAGAGCCCCAGGGCUUGCUGAAAACGGAAGACGUGGCCCUGGCUUUCUCCUCUGGCUGGGCGCAGCUCGAUUCCUCUCAGGGCAGCUUCCACGGAGAUGAAGGGCGGGAGAACCCCGGCGGCCUGACCUCCCCGGGUGGUGAAACAGAGGCCGAGAUCCGGGCCCUGCCUGUGGACGAGGUCCGGCCAGUACAAGAGGCUGGGGGAAUACCACGCCCCCUGCGUGAAGACACUGCCCAGAUUCCUGAAGGCACCGAAGCUGGCGAACAGGAGGGCAGGUUCCCGAGAAAGCAGAAAACUGCCACAGGAAGUAGGCGGCACUACUGUCAUGAAUGUGGAAAGAGUUUUGCUCAGAGUUCAGGCCUGACUAAACACAGGAGAAUCCACACCGGGGAGAAACCCUAUGAAUGUGAAGACUGUGGCAAGACCUUCAUCGGGAGCUCUGCCCUCGUCAUCCAUCAGAGAGUCCACACUGGGGAGAAACCCUAUGAGUGUGAGGAGUGUGGCAAGGUGUUCAGUCACAGCUCAAACCUCAUCAAACACCAGAGAACCCACACUGGGGAGAAGCCCUACGAGUGUGAGGAGUGUGGGAAAACCUUCAGCCAGAGUUGCAGCCUCCUUGAACAUCACAAAAUCCACACAGGGGAGAAGCCGUACCAGUGCAACAUGUGCGGCAAAGCUUUUAGGCGGAAUUCACAUCUCCUCAGACACCAGAGGAUCCACGGCGAUAAAACUGUGCAGGAUCGUGAAUGUGCAGGGACCUGGGAGAGUCAGGGGAGGGUGGAAAGCCGGUGGGAAAACGUUGAGGCUCCCGCAUCUUACACAUGUAACGAGUGUGACAGGAGUUUCACUCGGAGUAGAAGCCUUAUCGAACAUCAGAAAAUCCACACUGGUGAGAAACCCUAUCAGUGUGACACAUGUGGGAAAGGCUUCACCCGAACUUCAUACCUUGUUCAACACCGGAGGAGCCAUGUUGGAAAGAAAGUUCUAUCACAGUGAGCCACGUCAUACAUGCCAGAUUUGUUCAUUCCUCACAGAACUGGGCUGAGGCUUUACUGACCGCUACAUGCCAUCUUGUGUUAGAAGGCCGAGUCUGGAGGGAUGCAUUGUCUUCUACAUUCUAGAAGGUGGCUGGGAAACAGCUUGUUUGAUAGGAGGCUCUGGGAGAGUUGUCUGGAAGAGAUAGGACAUGAAAUGAUUGUUCUCACCUACUGGACUGAAAUGAGCCUCCAGACUGGCUGACCACCUCCAGCCAGCACUUGAUGACGUCUCCUGGAAAGAUGGCUCUGAUGUGGGGGCUGCUGCUCUGACCAUAUUGCCUAUAACGAAUGUUUCACCAUUUGGUCAGAUCUGUGCCAUAUUAUACUCCCCACUGUGCCUUGUGUGUAGGUGCUAUAAACGUUUAUUUAGUACACCAGUGAGGUGACCUCCAUAACUCUGAAAAUGUGACGUGGUCUAGAUUUCUGAGGACUUUCUAAGGCUAUUUGUGUUUGUGUCUAAUUCUCUGAGGUUCUAGAUUCUGGGUCGGUCUAAUGUAUUUAUUACCAAAUACAUAGGGUUGUCAGAUUUGGGGUGGGAGAAUCCAUAUUUCUUCACCAGCAUAGUACUUGUAAGAAUGCCUUAAGCAGCUUCUAAUUAGAUUUGUGAGAUUGCUCCAUCCAUGUAACUUCAUUCUUUGGUCCAUAUUAUAUUUGUUCCCAUUAAUUUUGCUCCUUUUAUGGGAUAAACCUUUCACGUUCUGGUAAAUAAAUGAAUUGAUCAAGUCAGAUCAAAAUGAUGAUGAAUUUUGGUAGAAAUCCUGUGUUGUUGAACAGCUUGUUUCUCACCUCUUCGUUAUCUUGGGCCUAACAAAGUGCUAAGACAGCACCUGUAUGCCUCUCUCCCAAUUCAGAGCCAAGUUGCACCACAGCUUAUACCAGCUAAGCUUCCUCCAAGUUAGAGGAGUCAUGCCAGAUAUUUAUAACAAAUUUCACUCAUGUUUUCAGAACUGGUGUGUUGGUUGGGGAUAGGAAGGUAGGGUCAGAGGCAGCCAAUGAGGAUGGGAACCCAAGUGUAGACAGAGAAAAUGUAUCUGUUCAGAAUCACAUUGGGAAUCCUACUCCACAAUAUCCAAAGUAUCAACAUGUGAAGCCACAAUUAAGAAUUUUGUGAUAUCUCUUGUUUUCACCCAAAUCACCUUCUACAGAGUUCUUCAAAGACUUAACAUCUUCCUGAUGCCACCAGCAUCCGGCUUUUCCAAGCUGUGCCAAAAAUGGUUUCCAUUUCUCAUGGAUCUCAGACCAUGUUUUGUUGAGUCACCAACAUGGUAUUCUCUGGGUUCGUGCUCUGAAGCACCGCAAACUGACUAGAGAUGCUGCAGACCGUGGGGCUCUCCCUGUAUCACUUCUCUGAAGUCUUUCAUUGUCUUCAUUUCUGCUCAUUGGAGUCUAAUUUAGAACUUCUGUAGCUUUCCAAAAUUCUAUGGACUUUCUCCAUUUAAUCUGUUUUAGCCUUUUAAAAUUUCCUUAAAUUAACCUUUUGUUACUUUUGCAAA